AUGAUGUCCUGCGCUACUGGGAGCGACUCCAAGCCAAAGUCCAUGAGCAGAGCCAAAACAUGGACUGCAGAGGUGGAAAACCUGUUCAGAUUCCAACAGGCAGGCUACAGAGAUGAGUUGGAGUACAUACAAGUCAAACAGGGGGCCUCGAUUGACAAAUGGCCAGAGACCGGCUUUGUGAAGAAGCUCCAACGUCGGGACAACACAUUUUAUUACUACAGCAGGAAAAGAGAAUGUAAAGAUGAUGAGGUCCAUAAAGUCAAAGUAUAUGUUCAUUAAAGUAUGCUAAAGUAUGUUUAUCCACUGA